AGCAAGUGUUUCAUUACAGACUGUGCACCAAGAUCAGCAUUAGCCCCCAAAAGUGAAACUUUCCCUCAGCAGCUAUGGAAACUGUUCCGGUGGACUGAGAUGCACUUCACAGGCUCCUCCCUGUCUCCUUGCUUUGACUUUCCCACCUCCUGCAGGCUGUCAUCCUCUGUUGGCAUUUGCAUAUUGCAAGGGAAUAAAACCUCAGUUCUCUCAGGAGUGCACCAGAGUGUUAUGGGAAGUGAGCACUCGAAGAACGAGGAGAGAAGGAGCAUGGUUUUCCUUAGGAAAGGCCCGAAGCUGCCUGCAUGGGAAGAUGCCCUUCUGGCAGGGAGAGAGCCCAAGUCACUGCUGAAACGGGGAUUGCGUUAUGUCAGCUUGAGCCUCAUCAUGAAAGGGAUGACCACCACGCCUGACUUCUUGUGGGGACUGCACGAGGUGCAGAAGCUGAACCUCUCACGCAACCAGCUGGUGGUGAUUCCUCCUUCGCUGGGAAAGCUGGACAGGCUGGUAGUGCUGAACUUGGGUGGCAACUGCCUCAAGUGCCUACCUAAGGAGAUCGGGCUGCUGAGGAACCUGAAGGUGUUGUUUGUCAAUAUGAAUUGCCUGAAAGAAGUGCCGGCAGAGCUCAGCUUGUGCAGGAAGCUGGAGGUUCUGAGCCUCUCACACAACUGCAUCUCACAACUGCCUUUGAGCUUCACCGACCUGACAAAUUUGAGGAAACUAAACCUCAGUAACAACCGCUUUGUGCAAAUUCCCCUCUGCAUUUUCGCCCUGAGAAGCUUAGACUUCUUGCACCUAGGAUCCAACAAGCUGGAAAACAUUGCAGAGAGUAUCCAGUAUCUGGUCAAUCUGCAAAUCUUUAUCGUGGAAAAUAACAACAUACGCAGUCUGCCACGGUCCCUGUGCUACAUCAGCACCCUGGAGUUACUGAACGCCGACUACAAUGCCAUACAGACCCUCCCAGAUGACCUGUACCUGCUGCGCCGGCUGCGCCGCAUUGCCUGGAACCCCAUGGACAAAGGGCUCCACAUCGCCCACAACCCCCUGUCCCGGCCCCUGCCCGAGGUCGUCGAGGGGGGGCUGGAUGUCCUCUUCAACUACCUCAGGGACAAAAAGGAGCGCAACUGAGCUUCCGCUGAGCUUGGGAUUAAGCCUGUCAUCAAGACUCAAUCGCAUCGGAGAGCUUUCCUGCACAGGCAUUUCCACUUCAUAAUGCUUGGAUUUUGAAGGCUAUGGAUGGCUUUAGUAACAGUUGGAGGAAAGCAAGUAAAGUAUGAUGGUCUUGAUUAAGUGUGGGAAAAGCAAACUUUCUAAAAAUAGCCACCUCUGUAACCUUCACUGUUGUGGUACUUGGGGGUUUUUAUAGAAAAAAAAUACAGCACAGUUGUGAUAAAAUAUUUGCUCUUCAUUUGACAGAAACAAAUUAAAGCAGACUGCAAACAUGCAGAAAUGUGUAUUUGACAGCUAUUUGGCUGAAGAAAUACUAAUAUAAGUUAGACUUUCUCUCUGUGAUUGCAAUUGCAUUUCUACUCCUGCUCACUUCUUCAUACACAGGUAAACCACGACAUAAACAAACACUGCUGCCCAAGUGAAUCUCAAGGAAAAUGUUUGCUUUUGGCAGUGAAUAUAUCCUGAGCUAUAUUAGCUCACAGACAAUAUAUUGCUGGUCAGUUCAAUACCACUUGUUGUUUACCCCACAGCUGUACUCUGGCCUAUAUAAAUUACAGGUAGAGAUUGCCAGUGACAAGUCAAUUUGACAGUUCUUUGGAAGCAGAUCCCAAACCUCCCCAGUGCUCACUCCUACUUUGCCUGGUGAGACAAGCAGCCCUUCACAUGGAGCCUCCUAGGAUGCUGACAGCAGUGCUUCUCAUCAGCUGGGAGCAGCAUCUGCACAAAGCAGAGAAAGGACUGUGGCUUCUUCCCUCACACAAAGGAUGGAGUUGCUCAUCGCUAGAUGUACAGCAGCUCUCCGUUCCCUUUCCCGUAUCCCUGCAAUCCAAGCCAUGGAGUAACUUUACUCUGGAGGCAGUACAUCUCCUAAAGGUGAAGUACUUCUUUCAGGAAAAGCAGCAUCAACCCAGUCAUCACCUUAAGUAAGAGCUUCAAAAACAAAUAGUUAUUUCUGGGAUUUUCAGUAUCAGCCAGUAGCAUGAAAGUCAGGUCUUAUGUGGUUUCUCAUAUUGAUCUUCUGUGAAUGUCCUUCAUCAAAGUUUUAUCUAGUAAUAAAGAGGCAGCAUGAAAAAGCUGUUAACAAUUUAUGCAAUUCGGGGUUUUUUGUUCCCUCACACCAGUGUAAAACUGAAGCAGCUCUGUUGAAAUCAGUUGAGAUAAACACUUGUAAUGGCAGUGUAAGAGAGGAAUGAGAAUGUAACUCUUGAGCUAAUUAUGAGUAUUCAAAGCCGUUUUCAAAGUGCUUCCUAUGUCAAAUCUCAGGAAUCGAUUAUUUUCUAAAACUUAAUUUGUUCAAAAUUAUGAAAGGCUGUGAAAAACUGAUCCUGCUUCUAGUGAAGUUAAUAGAGAAUGCCUGGCUGAGGGAAAAACUCCUCAGCAGAGGUAGGAGCAGCCUGAUAACAGCAGACAAUUAUGUCAUUCAUAGGUACAUGUGAGUAAACGCAGCACCUUUGGUCACAGCGACGUUAUCGGUGUGAUAGUGAAUGCCAGCAAUGAGGAAUCAGUGCUCACAGAAUAUUCCACCCUGGGUCUGCCUGCCCUGAUAUUUUAUUGUGUUGGAUUGUUUUGUGUAUGAUUUGUUAUCUUAAUUGAGAAUUUCGGUAUUAGGCCCAGAAAUCAAAGUCUCCAAGUGUGCAGUCAAGGACAAAUCUUAUGUUCCUAACAAACAUGAAACAAUUUUGAAGGAUAUUUUUGCUCAAGCAUUAAGAAAACAAAGCAAUAAAACAAAUAUUUUGUGAAUUUUUAUAACUUAGUACAUGUUUCAAAUGCAAAGGUAUUUUAUGUGUAGCUUUAUAUAUAUUUAUUUCACCCAUGCAAAGUCCCAAGAUUUUAAUGAACAAUGCAUGUAAUAAAUUAAUAUGUGAUUCCAUUAGCGACAAGGAAUAAAGCUGCAAUUAUUUUUAGAAAUACCAACAGAUAAUUCUUGGAGGGGAUUAGGGCCAGAUUAUUAACUUUCCUAAAUGCCCAUUUCAUAUCCCUAAGUCUGGCAUUCACAUAAACACUGCAAUAUUGCUUUGCAGGAAAAUUAGAUGCCUAUGGCAUUAAUCACCUGAAAAGAUUUUCCACGUGUCAGUACCCAGGAUUAUAUGACACCGGAUAGCCUCUGAUAUGAUCUGACUAGAAGAGGUAUGCACAGUAAUUUACAUGGAAGAUAUGAGGCUGGACUCUGUGUGUUCAUUAGGAUACCACUGUGAGGGUGAGAAACACUGAAAGAUUCAAGAAAAUGAUCUCCAGACAGAGGAUUAAAAGGCAAAUAUGACAUAAUCAAAUGCAUCUGCAAAAGCAGUUAUAAUAUGAAGUGCAAUACCAAUAAUUUAAAAUUAAAUUAUUCAAUUGAAUAAUAAUGACCUUUUACUCAAGUUAAUAAACCUUUGCAAGCAUAUGAAACUCAUAAAAGUGACUGCCUUUUUAAACAGAAUAAUAAAAUUGAUUGAAUAAAUGGUGCUUUAAUGUAUAAUUCAGAUUUUACCAUUAAGAAAAUAAUUUCUUCUGAUCUGCUUUAGCAUUUUUUUCAUUCCUCAGUCAAGGCCCCUACAAAUACCUUUCUCAGAGAUACAGAAAAUCAUCUCUCAUGACUGAGGGUAGUGUUCUGAAUUCUUCCUGUAAAAAGAAAAGACUGUAUACCACUGUUAUUGUAUAGAAACAUGUAUGAAAGGCAAAUAAUGACAUAUGUAUUUGCAUCUGAGUGGGAGGAAGAUAGAAGAAGCAAGCAAGGGCACAGGAGGGAGAUAGAAUCUGUAAUGUCACAUGCUGGCUCUAGUUUUGAGCAGGGCAUUAAAAAAGAAUUGGUGGAUCUCAGCAUUGUCAUCUGAUAUUAGCUGUGCAGAUGACAGGGGAAAAGGGAACUGAAAGGCUGCAGGGCCUGAAGUCAAAUCUCAUCAUCUAUGACAACAGUACCACUUCUGUGUGUAUCAAAUGAUACAAGUUUAAUUUUAUAACCUUCCAGAGGACUGUAUGCGGAAUAUUACUCUUGUUUCUGGCUCAGGGCUUCACCUCUGUGAAAGAAAAGAUGUGGUACAUCAUGUUUUGAAGAACAUAAGCAGAUUUGAUAGAAGUCUGGAAGUAAGGACCUACUUUCAUGUAAAUGGAAAUUUAAGACUGCAUGGAUUUCACUCCUGUCUCUCAAGCAAUCAUCAUGGACCAUGUGUCUUGGAAAAAAAGACACUUAUUUCAGGAUGUUAGCCUUCUGAUCAGCUGACAUGAGCGAAAAAGCAGCCCAGUAAUACUGUGAAAGGUAACACUGAGUUCAAGUGGUAGUGCUGCAUUUUCUACACUUGGCACCCAUUACUGUCCAUAAUACAUAGGUUUGCAAUGUCUUCUGAUUUCAUUUACCCUGAUGUAAACUCCAGAGUAAAUCUGUUAUGAUUGUUUUGGUUUUGUCCCAGUAGAAGUGAACAAAGGAUUUAUCCUUCUGUCGAUUUCCCCCCUGUAAAAACAAGGAUUAUUAUCACAAAAUGAUGGAGUGCAAUGUUUCUGAUUAUGCUAAUAACAAACCCAAAAGAAAUCCUUCAAUCUUACAUGGCCAUAAGCAGCAGAACAAAUUUUAUUGCAUGCAUGUUAAACAGCAGUUUAUUGCCUUUCUUUUCCACACAGGUUUAGAAGGUAAGCUGAUACAAGAAAAUGACAGCCAAAUCUGUAAAGUCUCUCUCUCCAUUAUCCAUGUCUGCCAAGGUACCCAGCUAGUGUACCAAUAGGUACUUAGGAGGUUUUGCUCUGUCCUUAAUAUUGUUGGUUUUCAUUACUUUUCAUUACUUAUCCAUUAUCAAAAACACGCUUAAUGCUCUGAAAAAAACAAACUGGGACAUCAUUCCAGCCCAAAUGUAAAUAAUUUAUAACUACGUACUAUGGAUGAGCAAAAUUCCUCUUUCAUGUUCACAGAGGAGCUGUUCUUGCACACGCAGCAGUGAAUGAGCUGUAGGUUGGUCUUCUCAAACACUUUAACUAGCAGUAGUUUAUUUUAUACUGGAUUUUAGCACUGCUUACAACUGCUGGGACACAGCAUUCUCCAUCACAUUCUUUGCAUAAACAAUUACAAACAUGUCAGAAAACUCUCUGAUGAUACCUUUUGCAGGAAGAACUAGUUAUUCUUAUACAUUUCCUGCGUGCAAAUGUGAUAAAACAAAAUUAAGUUCAAUCCUGCAGUUAAAUCUUAAUGCAGUUUGUUUUUUUCCCUUUUUUUUUUCUCUCUAGGAAGGAUGCCUCAGGCAAGGCAAGUAUAUUUCAGUAAGGAAGAGAUUAAUAUUUUCUAAAAUUUCCGGUGUUUUUAUCUACUACUUUUUCCUAAAUUGCUAAUGCUUCUUCAAGUAUUAAAGCUGCAAUGGGUUCUAUCAAUCCACUUUCUGAUUAUGUGAGUUAAGCUAUGCAUUUGGGACCAAAAAAGGAGAAAAAAAAGCUGAGUAAGUUAUAGCACAAAUUGCCUUUAGUGGUUCAAAUUCAGACUAUCAAAUACAGAGGCACAUCACUCAGGAUUGUUCCAGCAUUAAAAUAAAUAGCAAUACAAGGCCCUUAGAGCUGUAAAUGAAUUACAAUCCUUUUGCCAGGGAGACAGGUUUGUGAGUGGGAGUAGAAUCUUUUAUUAGACCAACCCCUAUGGUCAGAAAAAGUGCAUAGGAAGGGGUUGUACACCAGGAAGACUUUCUCCUUUUUCCCAUUGUGUUAGUUUUACCAGUAAAGACCUGCAAAUUUUAGCUCACCCAUGUCCUCUGACCAUCACAGUUAUAACCAUAGUAACACAAGGCUUUUUAAAAGCAACCUGAAAACUAAAAAUAAAGAGAAUGACAAAACAAGAGGAUGUCUUCAGCCUGCAGUGUUUUCAAACUUUCUCAACUUUUGGCAGGUAGACUGAGGUUACAGUAGGACUAUUCAGAAUGAGUCUUCAUAAAUUAAGGCCUGUGUACUGAACUGCUGAGAACAAAAAAGCCACUUUUUUCCUAGGUCUUCUUCUUGUUCAAGUAACACCAGAGGACAGGAGGGGAGAAAACUGGCCUCUGUAGAGCAGGCUUUUGUGAGGCUGCUUGCAUAAUUUUGCCCUGGAUGGAUGGAUCUUUUAGGAAAAGCUAUAUUGGCAGACAUUUCUAUACCCUUCAUGCUUCUGUACAGGAUUUAGAAAGUAUUCAUUGUUCAUAUAUGUCAUGCACGGUAUUUGACAAUAACAUUUUUCCCUUACAAUUUAAGAAGCUGCACUGUGCCCUUCAUUUCUGUUCUUUAUUUAAUUCUGUUUCUUCUCUUUUUCUAGUCUCUUUCUCCAUGUUUUUGCAAUUUUGUCUGCUUUCCCAUGAGCAAAGUUGCUACUGUAUUGGAUAAUACAUCUUUAAAAAAAAACUUUAAAAUGCCAGAGAUUUUUAUCUCCAGGACCAUCUUCUCAUUUCUCCUGAAUAUAUCCUGAAUAUAUUUUGCUUCCUGUCCCAGAAGCACAGAAAGUAAAACAAAAUUCAUGUGUUGUGGCAUAAUUAGGCCACAAUUUUAUUAAUAAAAGCCAUCUGGGAAAAAGUGUUAAUAGCUUGUGCAGGAGAGGUCACAGUCUCUUCCCUAAUUGUUUUCACCUGCUGGAAGGCUCUUUCCUCCCUCCCUGCUACCCCGCUCUGUGCCAGAUCCCUGCCCUGCAGAGUUCUCCUCCCUCAAUCCUUUCCAUCACUACUCCCCAGACUAAUGUCUGAUUAUGCAGAAACUAAAGGCCUAGAAAAAAUAGAUUUUUCCCUUCUACUGAUCUAGCAGGAACUCUGCUUUCUGCUGUGCUCUGAUCUGAUUUGACUUUAUCAAGCAAGGUAUGACAUUGUCAUCAGAUGAGUGUCAAAAGUGGCUUUCUGUCGCCCGCUGAAGUGGGCCCGUCUGAGCUCACCACUUCUAGUGACCCAGCCAGGUUCCUUGAAAAGGCAGAAAAACUCACCCUGUCUCAAUCAAUCCAGUGAUAGAUGAAAAUUACCUGAGGUCUCAAAAUGUGGUAAUGACUGCAGCAGGCUAAAAACCUAUCUCGCUACAAAUCCCAGUGCAAUCUGAGUGUGAGGGAGACUUUAUGUCUUUGCUGUUUUCUACCCUCCUUGUAAUUCUUCUACCAAACUCAUGUCUGAAUUAUGUCUAAGCCACGUAAGCAGUGUUUUUUUGAAGUCAGGUGAAGGAACCCCCUCUUGGCUGUGGUGAAGAGUGUCCAGGGCUAUCUUGAGGAGGAAUAAGUGCCAGUUGCUGCCGCCAGCUAUUCCCAGCUGCUUGCACAGGGGCUGUGAGCAUCCCUGUCCACAUGCCUCUUUCUGCACCCACAGCAGGCUCAAAACCCAGAAAAUUCC